GCAGCGGGGGCCAGAACAAGGGGGGGAAAGCAACCCAUAACCAGCAGGGUACAAAGGGAAAACAAGCAGCGAGGAUUUUCAAAACUCAAUAGACGCGGAGCUGGCUUUUUACGAAUCAACUGUGUGGAAAUCAGCAAUUAUGGUCAUGAUGGAAAUCUCUAGUGUUAGUAAUGAAACUCUUGGACAGCUUCUGAAGGAGGAUUCAUCGAAAUGUCUGCUGCUGGACUGCCGAUCUUUCUUCGCCUUUAACGCUUCGCAUAUCGUCAAUUCACUGAAUGUCCGGUUUAGCACCAUAGUUAAACGAAGGGCGAAAGGGACAAUGGGGCUCGAACAUAUUGUCCCCAACGAAGAGUCUCGCAAUAGUUUAGUGUCUGGUCUUUAUUCUGUAGUUAUUGUAUUUGAUGAAAGGACAUAUGAGUUUGAUCUGCUCAAAAAGGACAGCACUGUACUCCUGGCAGUCAAUGCCUUAUGCCGAGAAUCCUAUGGAGCAAGGGUUGUUUUUCUCCGAGGUGGUUAUGAUGCGUUUUCCUCGGAAUAUCCAGAAUUUUGCACUAAGCCUUCGCCUCCUUCGGGGUUAUCUCUACCUCUGAGCGCCAACAGCAACCUCAACAGUGCAGAGUCCGGCUGCAGUUCCUGCGAGACUCCCCUAUAUGAUCAGGGUGGACCUGUCGAAAUCCUUCCUUUCCUCUACCUCGGAAGUGCCUAUCAUGCGUCAAGGAAGGACAUGCUGGACGCCCUGGGGAUCACGGCCCUGAUUAACGUCUCUGCUAACUGCCCGAACCACUUUGAGGAACACUAUCAAUACAAAUGCAUUCCUGUGGAGGACAGUCACAAAGCGGACAUCAGCUCCUGGUUCAUUGAGGCUAUUGAAUUUAUAGACUCUGUGAAGAAUACUGGUGGUAGGGUGUUUGUACACUGCCAAGCUGGCAUCUCUCGAUCUGCCACCAUCUGCCUGGCAUAUCUCAUGAGGGCAAACCGGGUGAAGUUGGAUGAAGCUUUCGAGUUUGUUAAACAACGCAGGAGCGUCAUUUCCCCCAAUUUCAGUUUCAUGGGACAACUCUUGCAGUUUGAAUCUCAAGUAUUGACCCCUUCAUGUUCGACAGAGGCAGCCAGUCCAUCAAACAACCCUUCUGGCGCUUCAACUCGAUUUGUCUUUAACUUUCCUGUCUCCAUGCCUGUCCGCCCAGCAGCUAGUUCCCUGAAUUACCUCCAGAGUCCCAUCACCACGUCCCCCACAUACUGACCUACUGGAAAGAGUGACUUUUUAAAAGACUAAGCCAAGUACAAUAAGCUGAAAGAUUGUGUUCAUAUCCUUUUUUUCAAUGUACAGAAACCCAUCUAUGAUGAUUUCCAGACCAGGAGUUUGCUUAUUGUUUUGAAGAAUUGCAAUACCUCAGCCAGACCCAUGCACUGUGUCAAUUCUGAAAACUGUCUGGGGAGGACACAACCGGCAUUUUAGCACUUUUUUUAUACUUAUUUGACUGAACUCUAAGUGACAACAGUUCAUACUGAUUGUCAAUUUGAUAAUUUAUACAAUUAUUUAUUUACAUAAUGUCCAUUUUGUUUAUUGUACAGCUAUUUUGUAUGAAACCAAUAAAACCAUUUUUACAUAA